AUGACGUCAAUUAAACCGUUUCAAUUAGAAGAUUUAUUUGAACUAAACCCAGUCAAUUUAGAUCCAUUAACAGAGAAUUUCAACAUUUCAUUCUAUUCCCAAUACUUGACUGAUUGGCCACAGUUGUUUUAUAAAUCAGUUGAAACCCCCAAUAACGAAUCAAGUGGAUAUAUGAUGGCUAAAACAGAAGGUAAAUUAUCCAAAAAAGAAUGGCACACUCAUAUAACUGCCGUUACUGUAAGUGAUAAAUAUCGUAGAAUCGGUUUGGCUUCGAAAUUAUGUUUAGAAUUGGAAAAUUUGACUCAAGUUAAAGAUACUUUAUUCAUUGAUUUAUUUGUUAAAGUUACUAAUACUUUGGGUAGAAUCUUGUAUGAAAAAUUGGGGUAUAGUGUUUAUAGAAGAGUGGUUGGGUACUAUGGUCGAGAAAUGCCAGAGGAUAGAAAUAAAAUUGAUGAUGAUAUAGAUGCAUUUGAUAUGAGAAAACUGUUACCAAGAGAUGUUGAUAAUGAGACAAUACGUAAUAAUGGUGAAAAAGUCUAUGUGCUACCUAAUGAAGUAGUUUUCUAG